AUGGGAUUCGUCGUAGGGCUGUUGCUCAUGAUUUUGGAUCCAUUCAAGAUAGUACGGAAUUACUUCAUCAGACCUAUCGCAACACUCGGGCUGGCUGCGGCAGAAGAAUACAAAGCCCGCAAGGAAAAGAGCGUAAAUACCACGAAAAAUGUGUUCCUCAAGUUGUUCAUCGUCGUUUUGGUGGGAUUUUCCGUCGUGUGGGCUUCGAUAUUCCUGUACCUAUACUUUUACUACUCGUACAUGCCAUCCGUUUUACACUUGAAAGAUGUACAUCUCAACUUACGCGAAUGUAAGGAUGCUUCGAUAGACUGUAAACCUUACCCAACGGCGAACGUGGCAUUGACAAAUCAUCAAAGAUUCCUUAUGGUUGGACAACCGUACAAGAUCAUCCUUAACCUGGAAAUGCCUGAAUCUGAUCACAAUGGUAAAAUAGGCAUGUUUACGGUUUGCGGUACGGUCAAGGAUUACGGGUACGAGGAAAUCGCCAAAUCAUGCCGCAUGUCGAUGCUGCACUACAAAUCGGACCUGCUCAAAACGAUCCUCACGAUAGUGUUCGCACCGUUGCUGGUAUUCGGCUAUCGGGAAGAGAAGCAACUGGUCACGGUGGAAUUGUUCUCAAAUUUCCUCGAUGACUCCAAUCACCCGGCCACGAACAUCGACAUCACCAUUCUUCGGCAGGACGUUCAGCUGUACUCAGCACAACUGCAGGUAGUCGCUAACUUCACGGGGUUACGCUAUCUAAUGUUUAACUGGCCCGUUCUUUCAGCGGUGAUAGGCAUCACCACCAAUCUGUUUUUCAUUCUAAUUGUUUGCGUGCUGAGCUGGUACCAUUGGGACGAUUCGGAGUGGAUAUCGGACAUAAGUAAUCGCUACCAGCAGAUAGUCAAGGGUGUCUCGAAGGUAGCUGCAAUCGGACAUUCCGAAACACCGAAGUCGGCAAAAGAACCUGAACCUGUCGUAUCGAAAGACUGGCUAAUGGACGAAGAAUAA